CUCACUUACCACCGUUAUCCGUUUUAUUUAGACCGCUCUGUCAAAUAAGUUUGAAAAGUUCAAGGAAAAUGUUGCAGAACGACGCGGUGCGGACUUUGCAAUAUGAUAGUGAGAUUCGCGUGGCCCAGCAGCCAAGUCCCUCAGAACCAAGAGUUUACGACUCCCAUAUCAGCAUUACAUCACAGCCUCGUCCAGAGACUCCCCGUAUCCCUCUGCCCAUUGCUACGGUUACGGGAAGCCGGACCUUCAUUCCCCUUUCCGGAUACGAUUGCCUAGCGGAUCUGCCAUCGGUGCACAUUGAACAGACAUUUGAGCUCAAUGAGGCUCUUACAGCAGUCUCCUCGGAGAAUCGUUAUGUGGUGCGGUCUCCCUUGAAUGAUGCCAUUUUUGCGGCCAGUGAGAGUUCUACAGAGAAAAAUCGACUCGUUUGGGGAGCCGGACGACCCUUUCAGAUGCACCUGCUGGAUAAAACCCAUCAGGAAGCUCUAGUCUUCCGAAAGAAACUAGCUCUGGGAUCACUCUGUUGCCAGCCAAAAAGCCUUGAGAUCUGGAUACCACCUGGUAAUGUGUUGGGAAGAGUGGUGCAGUCACCCACUUUCAUGCAGCCAGAAUUCUUUAUCGAGGAUGAAAGCACCGGUCAGCCCAUAUUUUGUGUAGAGGGUCCUGCUAACUCAGGAUUCUGCUGCUUCUGCCUGCCCAGAGAAUGCUAUUUUAAGAUCCAUUCUGGCGGCAAUAUGAGGGCUUCCAUAGACCACAAAUGGCUGGCCAGCAAGUCGCAGUACACCACAAAUAUUUACUUUAGUGAUCCAAAGCUAACGGCCAAAGAGCGUGCUUUGAUUCUGGGAUCCGCCUUUCUAUUGGAAUAUCUGUACUUCCAAACCCGCUUCUAGCCAUAACAACUUCAAUAAACCUUGUAUAUUCACAUUGAUUUCUUUAUUUUUUGUCAUUUUUUUGUAUAAGAUUUUUUGUUUGUUUGUGUUGUUUUUUUCUCAGUUUUUUGAUAUAUUUUACAAUAAUGUAAUAGAUCACUUCAUUUACUUGUUGUUUAACCACAUACAUACAUUCAAAUAUAUAUAGGUAUAUAUCUAUGUGUAUAAUAUACGUUGCUGCAGCCCUUGCCAUAGCAGUUUGUACAAUAAUUUUCAUUUAUCUCUAUCAACUUUGUGUAGUUUGUUUGACUAACCUACCGCUUAAUGCAUAUAUGACAACAUAUUGAUUAUUUACAGUUUCCUAUUCUUCAUCGUUUCGUUUCUAUUCUGCCAAAUACAAAAUUAAAACAAA